AUGUCUAACGCUAUUGUGGCAAACGUGUACCGCUAUGUUAUUGAUGAGGUUAUUAACCAAGUUAGAGGUGAUUUCGAAGACAUGGGUAUUGAUGAAUCUGUAUUACAAGAAUUACAAAGAUCUUGGGAAUCAAAAGUGGCUAGAUCGCGAGUUGCCAAUUUUGGUUUUAUUAGGGAUGAACCUUUCUAUGAUGACGAGCAUUCAGAUAUGCCACCACCCUCAUCAAACGGAGUGCAUGCGAAUGACAAUGUAGACAAUAAUAGCCAUCCUAUUUUACAAUAUCCUCAUAACCAAGAUUACAAUCAAAAUGCCACUAGUGCUCCUUCAGUCGCAAGUUUAGCUAAUUUGGCUGCAAGUAACUCACGAUUACAACAACAGCAACAGCAACAGCCAAACUUUGGUCUUCCACCACCUCCUAGAAUGAUCCCUGAUCCAAGCACAUUGGCUAGUUCGUAUCAUAUGAUGCAGCCACCUUUAAAUAAUAACAAUAAUGCAAACCCACAAAACAAUCAACUUCCUGAACUACAAUUACCUGGUAUCGCAAGACGAAACCUUCCUCAAAAUGAUGGUGCAUGUGAUGAAUUGACUACAGAGGAAAUCGAUAAACAUAUUGAAUAUAUAAUCCAAUCAAGUCAAACGCACUCAGAAGAGGAUACAAUUACCUUUUCAGCAACCUCAUUUUCUGGAGAACCUAUUGCAUUAGAUUCACUUCCUGAACACGUGAAGCAGUUGAUAAAGGACGUCAAAGGAAAAACCAAAAAAUCCAAUGCUAAGAUUCUACAGUUAGAUGGGGAAGAUGAUGGAGAAGAAGGAAGGGGAGAUGACGAUAUAAAUUCAGAUUUGGAUGAUACAGAUGACGAAAAUGAAGAAGGGGAAGGUGGUGAAGAGAUUGAACAUAUCAUAUUAUGUUUAUAUGAUAAAGUGACAAGAACAAAAAAUAAGUGGAAGUGCGUAUUAAAGGAUGGUAUCAUGUUGGUUAACGGAAGAGACUACUUGUUCCACCGCGCAACUGGUGAUUUUGAAUGGUAA